ACCACACUGGUGAUACUCGCUUCUUCGCUCUAGAGAUAGAGAGAGAGAGAGAGAGAGAGAGAGAGGAGGGAGCAACUCCGGCACGGCGGCGCCGGUCAUGGAGCCGGAAUCCGGGGUCCCGAAUCGCCGCAACCCGUCCCAGCUUUGUUGGGUUAACCUAUCAAGGACUUUGAUAUUAGCAUACCAAAGCCUCGGUGUUGUGUAUGGAGACCUGAGCACUUCGCCUCUUUAUGUCUAUACUAGCACAUUUGUUGAUAAGUUAGAGACACACCGUAGUGAAGAUGCGAUAUUUGGUGCUUUCUCCCUGAUCUUUUGGACUCUUACUUUGCUACCAUUGCUCAAGUAUAUUUUCAUCGUGCUCAAUGCUGAUGAUAAUGGCGAAGGUGGGACAUUUGCUCUUUAUUCACUGCUUUGUAGGCAUGCAAAGUUUAGUUUACUUCCCAAUCAACAAGCGGCUGACGAGGAGCUCUCAGCCUACAAAUAUGGACCCUCAGCAUCUGUUGCAGCCCCUUCUCCGCUGAAAAGAUUCUUAGAGAAGCACAAAAAGCUACGAACAGCUCUCCUUCUCGUCGUAUUAUUUGGUGCUUGCAUGGUAAUUGGGGAUGGUGUCCUUACUCCAGCUAUUUCAGUUCUCUCAGCGGUAUCAGGCUUAAAAGUCACAGAGAAUAAGCUAACAGAUGAUGAACUGCUCUUGAUUGCAUGUGUCAUAUUGGUGGGCCUGUUUGCAUUACAGCAUUUUGGCACUCAUCGGGUAGCUUUUAUGUUUGCUCCUAUUGUUAUCAUCUGGUUGAUAUCCAUUUUUAUUAUUGGCGUUUAUAACACUAUACACUGGAAUCCAAGAAUCAUACAAGCCAUCUCUCCAUAUUACAUAAUCAAGUUCUUCAGUGAGACUGGGAAGGAUGGCUGGAUUUCGCUUGGUGGUAUCCUCCUCUCAAUAACUGGUACUGAGGCUAUGUUUGCCGAUCUUGGUCAUUUUACUGCUUUGUCAAUAAGGCUUGCAUUUGCUUGUGUCAUAUACCCUUGUUUGGUAGUUCAAUACAUGGGUCAGGCUGCUUUCCUAUCCAAAAAUCUUGAUUCCUUUCAGUACAGUUUCUACGACUCAAUACCUGACCGUGUGUUUUGGCCUGUAUUUGUCAUUGCCACUCUCGCGGCCAUUGUGGGAAGUCAAGCAGUUAUAACUGCCACAUUUUCCAUUGUCAAGCAAUGCCAUGCCCUUGGUUGCUUUCCAAGAGUGAAAGUAGUGCACACCUCAAAGCAUAUAUAUGGACAGAUCUACAUCCCAGAGAUAAAUUGGAUCCUCAUGAUUCUCACCCUUGCUAUUACAAUUGGAUUCCAAGACACCACUUUGAUUGGAAAUGCUUAUGGACUUACGUGCAUGACAGUUAUGUUCAUCACAACUUUUCUCAUGGCACUUGUCAUCGUGUUUGUCUGGCAAAAAAGCGUUGUAGUGGCUGCAGUUUUUCUUCUCUUCUUCUGGAUCAUCGAGGGUGUCUACUUGUCUGCGGCGUUUAUGAAAGUGCCCCAGGGAGGAUGGGUCCCUAUUGUUCUCUCUUGUGUUUUCAUGAUUGUCAUGUUUGUGUGGCAUUAUGGAACCCGCAAGAAGUACAAUUACGACCUGCAUAAUAAAGUGUCAUUAAAAUGGUUGCUUGGCUUGGGCCCAAGCCUUGGUAUUGUGCGUGUGCCAGGAAUAGGCCUCAUAUACUCGGAACUGGCGACAGGAGUACCUGCAAUCUUUUCCCAUUUCGUAACAAAUCUCCCCGCGUUCCAUCAGGUGCUUGUAUUUGUUUGUGUGAAAUCAGUGCCGGUGCCGUACGUCUCACCUGAAGAACGCUUCCUGAUUGGUCGUGUUUGUCCUAGACCUUAUCGUAUGUACAGAUGCAUUGUCAGAUAUGGGUAUAAAGACAUUCAACGCGAUGAUGGAGAUUUUGAGAAUCAGCUCAUACAGAGCAUUGCAGAAUUCAUUCAGAUGGAAGCUGUAGAACCCCAAUUCUCGAGCUCUGAGACUUCAUCUCUGGACGGUAGGAUGGCUGUUAUAAGCACCAGGACUGUCCAAUCAACUGCAAGCUUAAUAGUAUCUGAGGUAGAGGAAUUUGAUCUCUCCAUCCAGAGCAGCAAAUCAUCGACGCUUCAAAGCUUGCGAUCUGCAUAUGAGAGCGAGAACCCUCAGGUCAGGAGGCGUCAAGUGAGGUUUCAGUUACCACCAAAUCCAGGGAUGGACCCAGCUGUCAGGGCUGAAUUGGUGGAUCUGAUCCAGGCAAAAGACGCAGGGGUUGCUUAUAUAAUGGGUCAUUCAUAUGUGAAGGCAAGGAGAUCAUCAUCAUUCUUGAAAAAGCUGGUGAUUGACAUUGGAUAUUCAUUUCUCCGAAAAAAUUGCAGAGGCCCUUCUGUUGCACUAAACAUUCCUCACAUCAGUCUUAUUGAAGUUGGCAUGAUAUAUUAUGUCUAGAGCCUCAAGGAUGCUUAUUUUCUCUGCUGGGACGCAAGAUUCUCUUUCUGGUGGGGAGGGAUUGAUAGGCUCUGUUGACUGCCUUUGGGGAAGGGUAUACAUUAGACUGGAGGUUGGAGCUUUCGUUCUUUCUUUUUGGUCGCAUAAGAUGAGGGAGAGUUAAACUGUGACUUAAAGAUACACUUAGUGGUUGGUAAAGAAGAGUGAAUCCUGCUUGUUAUAUGGCAUCAAUCUUCAGUUUUCAGUUAUUAGGUUUCUAGAUGCAGGCCUUUUUAGGGGAGUAUACUUGGGCUGCUUUCAGAUUGUAUAGCUGGACACAAAAAGUUUAAGCCUUCUCUUCAUCUGGCUAAUUGAUUUCCUUUUAUUAUGUCUUA